UGACGUAACACACUAGAAAGCUGUAGUUUAUUGUGACGUCAUAGUAUCACCAAAAUCGUAAGACCGUAAUGGUGUAAACAAACAGAGCGUACAGAGAUGGUAAAUGAAGGCGAUAAAGAGGAAACGGAGUCGCAGGGAAACGACGACACUGCCUCAAUAACCACCGCCAAAUGCAAAGCGGGCAAACGGUUCCAGAUUUUAGAAAGUCAGGGCUUCAUUGUGGGGAAAACACUGGGCCAGGGUUCUUACGCGUGUGUGCGGUCGGCUUAUGACGUGAAUCGAAAACAUAAAGUAGCCAUAAAAAUUAUUUCAAAACGAAAGGCGCCUGACGAUUUUCUACAAAAGUUUUUGCCGCGAGAGAUUGAAGUGAUCAAAAUUCUUAAACACCCGUGCCUCGUCUCGUUUUACCAAGUCAUUGAGACUACCACUCGCUUCUUUUUGGUCAUGGAAUUGGGACAUAUAGAUCUUUUGGAUUAUAUCAGAACCAAGAAGAAUAUUCCGGAGAAGCAGUGCGGGACUUGGUUCCGGCAGUUCCAUGAAGGGAUGUCCUAUAUGCACUCCAAGGGCGUGGUCCACCGCGACCUCAAGUGUGAAAACGUCCUUCUGGAUAAGCACUACCACCUGAAGGUCACAGACUUCGGAUUUGCCAAGAGGGUUCCAAAAGUCAAAAACGGCGAGUUUAAGCCAAGUGAAACUUAUUGCGGUAGUUAUGCGUAUGCGCCGCCAGAAAUCCUAAAGGGAACCCCAUAUGAUCCGUUCUUCGCCGACGUGUGGAGUAUGGGCGUGGUGCUCUUCACCAUGCUGUACGGAAGACUCCCGUUCGACGAUUCCAACCACAAGAAGUUGCUGAAACAAGUUCAACAGAAGGUGGUGUUUCCCGCCAAACCCGAGGUGUCCGAGGAGUGCCGAAUCCUUAUUGUCAAAAUGCUAUCCAAAAUGCCCGAACGAGUGCCUCUCUCCAACAUCAAGUUCGAUCCAUGGUUCAAGAAAUUUAGCACCGAGGAAGAGAGACCGGCUACAGCAGGAGGGGCCACGGCAGGGGAGGAGACGGGCCAAAAUGUGGAGGCGUCCUAAGGGCAUGGUCUGCCUCAAAACGCUAUGCACACACACAGUUUCCAUAUCAUGCUCAUUAUUUACUAAAUUAUUUUAAAUUUUCAUCGGCAAAAACUGUUUUAAAGUCUUACUUUAUUGA